GGUGAGGCAAGCCAACAAACAAUAGACAUAUACAGUAAUACAGAAGCACUAGCGCUUCUUCAGCCCCCACACCCACACGCUACCACAGCAAUCUUGAGAGAGAGCUCACCGGCGGCAGUCAUGGAUCUGGGGACGGGGGCGAUGGGCAACCUCGCCCCCAAGCUGUACCAGCUGCUCCAAGGUGAAUACGAGCUGCAGAAGGGUGUGAGGAAGAAACUCGUGUUCCUCCAUCAGGAGAUGGAGGGCAUCAAGCCUGCCCUUGACAAGGUGGCACAAGUGCCGUGGGAUCGGCAUCACGAGCAGGUCAAGGUCUGGGCGCAUCAGAUGAGGGAGGCAUCCUACGACAUAGAAGAUCUGCUCGACACCUUCCUCGUGCGUGUCCAGGGUUCUGAGCCUGUCGACCAGAGCAGGCUCAAACGCGCCCUGAAGAAGAUGGGUGGCCUAUUCGGCAAAGCCAAGGCUCGCCGUGACAUUUCUGGUGCCAUCGAAGACAUCAAGAAGCAACUCCAGGAGGUGGCUGAGCGGCGCGACAGGUGCAAAAUCGACGAGAUUGUGGCCAAACCUGAUGCCACUUCGGAAAUUGAUCCUCGUCUUGAGGCUAUGUGCAAAGAGGUGACUAAGCUCAUUGGUAUUGAUGAGUCAAAAGGUGAGCUCCAAUCAAUGCUCUCGUCGCCCCAGGGGAAUGAGGUGUCCCACGAGAAGAUGAAGAUAGUUUCAGUUGUCGGAGUUGGAGGAUUGGGCAAGACUACUCUUGCCAAAGCAGUGUAUGAUGAGCUUAAAUCACAAUUCGAUUGUGGGGCUUUUGUUCCGGUUGGUCGAAAUCCUGACGUGAAGAAAGUCCUAAGAGACAUUCUUAUAGAUCUUGACAAGAAAGAAUUCAGGGAGCCGAAAUAUGAUAUAUUGGACGUAAGGCAGCUCAUCAACGAACUCAAAGAUUUCCUCCGAAGCAAGAGAUAUUUUAUUGUUAUCGACGAUGUAUGGGAGACAAGAGAUUGGAAGAAUAUAGGAUGGGCUUUGGUUGAGAAUGACAGAGGAAGUAUAGUAAUCAAAACUACACGUAAAUCAGAAGUUGCCACCGGUGUUAUUUACCAGCUACGACCACUCUCAGAUGAUGACUCCAAAAUGUUGUUAUUCACAAGGCUGUUUGAUGGUGGAGGUGAACGUCCUGCAAAUCUUCCUGCCGAAGCAUGUGAAAAGAUUAUGAGAAAAUGUGAUGGUGUACCAUUAGCUAUCAUCACAAUGGCUAGUAUGCUUGUGGGUAAAAAAACGGAAGACUGGCUUGCUGUGUGCAACUCUCCUGGUUUCUAUCGCGGUAAUGAUGGCCAGCAAGCACAUGAUACUGAGUGGAUAUUGUCUCUUAGCUACUAUGAUCUGCCUAUGCAUCUAAAGACUUGCUUAUUGUAUCUAAGUGUGUAUCCCGAAGACUAUUUCAUUCCGAAAGAUAGAUUGAUAUGGAAAUGGAUAGCUGAAGGUUUCGUGGAGACGAAAACAGGAACCAGCUUGUUUCAGCGGGGGGAGGAAUACUUCAAUCAGCUCGUAAAUAGAAGCAUGAUCCAGGCAGUCAGGGAUGAGGACCAAGGUGGGGUCAUAUAUGCGUGCCAAGUUCAUGACAUGGUGCUCGAUCUCAUCCGUGGCUUGUCAUACGAAGAAAACUUUGUGACUAUCUCAAAUGAUGAUGAAGUCACGUCACCUUCAGGAAACAAGGUGCGCAGAUUAGCUCACCAGAACAGAGUGAUGAAGCAAUUAACCCAGCAGGAAGAUGAUACGGGCAUGGCAAGAGUGAGGUCAUUGGUUGCCUGUAGGUGUGAUAUUAAAAGUUGGGUCUUGCAUCCAAGCUUUAAACUCUUGCGUGUGCUAGCUUUAGAGCGAUGCAAAUGUGAAGAAGGCUGGCAGGGUCUUAAGCACCUUGGAGAUCUACUUCAUUUGAGGUACCUUGGGCUACAUGGUAUUAAUGAGCUCCCGGAAGAAAUAGGAAAGCUCAAGUUUCUACAGACACUUGACUUGGACGGUUCUGGCAUACGGGUACUGCCAUUUGGCGUUUGCCAGUUAACGCAGCUGGUCUGCCUACGUGGUGGCAUCAGUACGUGCGCGCCGGAUGGGUUGCUGAAGAAGGUGACGUCAUUGGAGCAGCUGCAUAUACGUAUCGACAACCUGAAUGACGAGUCCAAGCGGCAAUUUGUGAAGGCCCUCGGCAACCUGAGCGAACUCAGAGUGCUUUGCAUUUUUGGUUUCGAAGGGACGGUGCAGUCGGAGUGGGACAGGGUGGUGCUUUCACAGCAUCUCCAAAGUUUGAUAGUAAAAAGUGUAGUGCUCCGUCGGCUGCCAUCAUGUAUUAACCCUGCACGUCUCCCCAGCCUAUGCUACUUGGACUUGUUUGUGGAAGAUAUAGACGAGGCCGGUCUGCGAGCCGUGGGCGGGUUGCCACAGCUCCGUCGGCUCGAACUGUCAACGCCUCGGACGUGGUUCUCCUCGUCCGGUUCCACAGCAACUGUUGUUAUUGCUGGCGAUGGCUUCUUCCAGAAGUUGCGACGUUGCAGUUUCUUGAGCUGGAUGGUGCAGUUUGUGGUCAACGAGGACUCGGCUUGUGUUUCAUUUAGCCUCUGGAAUGGAAAGCAGCAGGGUGCUCUGGCGGCCUUUGGUUCCAGCACAGAGGACGAGUCCUCCAGCAGAUCAGUCCCACCAACCGUGAUGCCAAAUCUACAAGAGCUCACGUUUCAAGUUCCCGUCAGGGCCCUAUACAAGGAUGGGAACGAGUCACAGUAUAUGUCGACUGUGAGGGUGCCUCUCCCGAUGACGUGGAGAAAGCAGAGGCUGAGCUGA